UAAGUAGUAAGAUCUUCCAACUCUAUCAGAUUCAGUUACUUAUAUAGGUAUAUUGAAUAUUGGAUAUAUAGCUUUAACGAACUUGGUGUGUAUAUAUACAAGUAAUGAACGUGAAGAAGCGCAGUUCAGCGUUGAACGUUCAUAAAUCCAAUAAAAAUGUGGCGAUUUCUUGUACUCGGUUUUUUGACAGUAGCUGUGACAGGUCAAUUUCAGGCCCAACCAUCCGGUAGAAUUUUAGAACCCCCAAUUCCUCCACUUUGUGCUCAAAGAACUAUCCAUGAGAGAUUCAAUGGAAAAGGAUAUUAUUAUUCUUGGGCAGAUCCUAGAACAGCAGGCCAAGAAUUAGAUUGGUUAUCUGGAAGAAAUUUUUGCAGACAGCGAUGCAUGGAUCUAGUUUCAUUGGAGACUUCUACCGAAAAUGAAUUUAUUAAAAGCCGAAUUGUCCAAAAUAAAGUUAAAUAUAUCUGGACUUCUGGUCGACUAUGCGACUUCAAAGGUUGCGAUCGGCCCGAUCUUCAACCAUUAAACGUUAACGGUUGGUUUUGGACUGCUGAAUUACAAAAACUUGCACCCACAACUGAUCGCAGUCAAAACGAUUGGUCUGAAAGCGGAGGUAUCGGUAAACCUCAGCCGGAUAAUCGUGAAGCAAUCCAAAACGGAGCACCUGAAAAUUGUCUGGCAGUACUUAAUCAAUUUUACAACGACGGAGUUAAUUGGCAUGAUGUUGCUUGUCAUCACAAAAAGCCAUGGGUGUGUGAAGAAAAUGAUUCGCUUCUCAAAUACGUUAGAUACACUAAUCCUAAUUUGAGAGUGUAAUUUUUCCAGAAAAAUUAUAAAUACAUAUUUAUAAACAUAUUUAUACGUUAACAAUUAAACAGUUGAUUUAUGGGAAGCAACCAUUAGAAAAAAAAACUGUAUUUAUUUUAUUUUGUUUGUUUUUCUUCAUUAUACUAAUUCUGUAUAUUUUGACGAUUAAAUUAAAACUUUGAUGUAUGAUUAUAAAAACAAAAUAAAUAACGGUAAUUAUUUUUUA